AUGUCGUUUUUUGGAGCUGCAUCGUCGUCCACUACAGCCAACACGGCCGCGGCCGCGGACAAGGAUAUCGAGGUUGCGGACCCCCCAACCGAUUCUAUCUCGUCCCUCUCGUUUUCGUCACAAGCAGACUAUCUUGCGGUGGCGAGCUGGGAUAAUAACGUCCGGAUAUACGAGGUGGGCCAGAAUGGUCAGACACAAGGCAAGGCGAUGUACGCACAUCAAGGGCCUGUGCUAAGUGUCUGCUGGAACAAAGACGGAACAAAGAUCUUGUCGGGCGGCGCAGACAAUGCUGGUCGCAUGUUCGACAUUACAACUGGGCAAUCAACCCAAGUGGCACAGCACGAUGCUCCCAUCAAAUGCGUUCGUUGGAUUGAGUCUCCACAAGGGGGCGUCCUCGUGACCGGCAGUUGGGAUAAGACGUUAAAGUACUGGGAUCUGCGCACUCCGAAUCCCGUUUCGACUGUGCAAUUGCCAGAGCGGUGUUAUACCCUAGAUGUAGUCUACCCCUUGAUGGUGGUAGGAACCGCCGAGCGCCACAUCCAAAUUUUCAACCUCUCAAAUCCUACUACCGCAUUUAAGACAAUGGCGUCGCCCCUGAAGUGGCAGACACGAGUUGUGUCGUGCUUCCCCGCAGCAGAUGGGUUUGCAGUUGGCAGCGUCGAAGGCCGCGUUGCAAUUCAAUAUGUAGAUGACAAAAAUUCCAGCAAUAACUUCUCUUUCAAAUGUCAUCGACGAGACCAGUCACCAACGCAGAAAGAUCAAUCUCUGGUGUACGCUGUCAACGAUAUUUCAUUCCAUCCUGUUCACGGAACAUUCUCAACAUGCGGGGCUGAUGGAACCAUCAACUACUGGGACAAGGAUGCCCGCACGCGUCUCAAGUCCUUUGAUCCUGCUCCUGGGCCGAUUGCUACGACGUGCUUUAACCGCACCGGGACGAUCUUUGCCUACGCUGUCUCGUAUGAUUGGUCGAAAGGGCACUCUGGGAUGACGCCCAGUCAUCCUAACAAAGUGAUGCUUCACGCCUGUAAAGACGAGGAAGUGAAACGCAAGCCCGCUAAGACACGAUAAUCGCUCGGCGCCGCGCUGCCAUUGGUUUUUCACGGUCAUAUGCGGAGAAGGGCCCUCAGUUGCAAGUCCACAUCUCUCGGAUGUGUGCAUGUAUUCUACAUGGGAAAAACGGGUCCGCAAAAAGGAGUAUGCUUCACUAUCAGUGUAUUUUGUAGCGUAGAAGUACUGAUUUUUCGCUGUCGAAUCUGUAUCCGCUGCGCCGCCUGGAUUGAGAUUAUUAUCAAAU